CUGAAUCAGCCUCCAAAGGCAGUUGAGUGCAGGAAACUCCCUGGAAGUGAAGUCUUUCGGCAGAUAGUUUCACUUUACCGCAGAGAAUAAUCGCAGAUCAAACAGUUGCGCAGCGUAAAAGCAAUUUGGUGCAGAAAGUUUGCAGGAAGUGUGCUCGUUAGUGCAUUCCUGGGAGGAUUGCAAACGGGGGAGUUGGGGGUGUUAACCGAAAUAAGACCCUUUAUGCUUUUUCACGUGAGAAGGGGCUCCUUUAUAAAGCGAUUCUUCUGUGGAAAAGCUGUAGACGCAAAGCGAGAAAGAUCUGUUUUACGCAAAAGUGUGACCGGUGCAUCAAACCAUGGGGACGCACACAUUACCGGAGGGAUUCUCGGACUUUGACAUGUUUACAUUCGGCUCUGCGCUCCUAGUGGGGGGCCUUUUAGGGUUCUUCCUCAACUCUAUCAGCAUCCUGGCCUUCCUCAGAGUGAAGGAGAUGCGAAGUCCCAGCAGCUUCCUCGUCUUCAAUCUGGCCCUGGCCGACCUCAGCUUGAAUUUAAACGGGCUCACUGCCGCUUACGCCAGUUAUCUCAGGUAUUGGCCCUUUGGCCAGGAAGGUUGUGACUAUCACGGCUUCCAAGGGAUGGUUUCAGUUCUGGCUUCCAUCAGCUUCAUGGCUGCAAUUGCUUGGGACAGAUAUCACCAGUACUGCACCAGACAGAAGCUCUUCUGGAGCACAACUAUAACGAUAUGCAGCAUCAUCUGGAUCCUCUCCAUCCUGUGGUCCGCCUUUCCACUCAUGGGCUGGGGCGUCUAUGACUUUGAGCCCAUGAGGGUUGGCUGCACUCUGGACUACACCAAAGGAGAUCGGGACUAUAUCACCUACAUGCUGUCGCUGGUCUUCUUCUACCUGAUGUUCCCGUCUUUCAUCAUGUUGUCGUGCUACGAUGCUAUCUACAAACACUUCAAGAAGAUUCACCACUACAGGUUUAACACCAGCUUGCCCUUGAGGGUAAUGCUGAUGUGUUGGGGUCCGUACGUCCUCAUGUGCAUCUACGCCUGCUUCGACAACGUCAAACUCGUCUCUCCGAAGCUGCGAAUGUUGCUUCCUGUUAUUGCAAAGACAAAUCCCUUCUUCAACGCUCUCCUCUACUCAUUCGGCAACGAGUUCUACCGAGGCGGCGUGUGGAACUUCCUCACCGGACAAAAGAUUGUCGAGCCAGACGUUAAAAAAUCAAAACAAAAAUAAAAAACUUAAUAUGAUCUUUAAAAAAGAACUUAAAGCAAGAUCUUUUGUGGUCUUUUAAAUUUUUAAAUCCAGAUCAUUUGAAUAUGUGUUAAGCAUCAAAACACCGUAGUUGCCUUUAUAAUUCCUUAUUUUGGGUAAAUUUGCAGCUGGACGCUUUGCAGCAUCUUAUCUUUGAGCUGCUCCUCCGUCCGCGCUCAUGAACACCUGCAAUAAACAGAUGCUGCUGCUCA